AUGGAGAACUACCAGAAGCUCGAGAAGAUCGGUGAAGGUACUUACGGUGUCGUCUACAAGGCCCGAGACCUCCUCAAUGGUGGACGCAUUGUGGCCCUCAAGAAGAUCCGUCUCGAGGCCGAAGAUGAGGGCGUCCCCUCUACCGCCAUCCGCGAGAUCUCCCUACUCAAGGAGAUGCGCGACCCCAACAUUGUGCGCCUCCUCAACAUCGUCCACGCCGACGGCCACAAGCUCUACCUCGUCUUUGAGUUCCUCGACCUCGACCUCAAGAAGUACAUGGAGUCUCUCCCCGUCGCCGACGGCGGCCGCGGCAAGGCCCUGCCUGAGGGCAGCUCCGAGUCCCUGAGCCGUCUCGGCCUCGGCCAGUCCGUCAUCCAGAAGUUCAUGUGGCAGCUGUGCGACGGCGUCCGCUACUGUCACUCCCACCGCGUCCUCCACCGCGACCUGAAGCCCCAGAACCUGUUGAUCAAUAGAGACGGCAACCUGAAGCUGGCUGAUUUCGGUCUCGCACGCGCCUUCGGUGUCCCACUGCGCACUUACACCCACGAGGUCGUCACUCUGUGGUACCGCGCCCCGGAGAUUCUGCUCGGUGGACGCCAAUACUCGACCGGCGUCGACAUGUGGUCCGUUGGCUGCAUCUUUGCCGAGAUGUGCACCCGCAAGCCUCUCUUCCCUGGCGAUUCCGAGAUUGACGAGAUCUUCAAGAUCUUCCGCACGCUCGGCACGCCGACCGAGGAUGUCUGGCCCGGUGUCACCUCGUACCCCGACUUCAAGAGCUCCUUCCCCAAGUGGAUCCGAGACGAGUCUCAACCUCUGUGCACGAACCUCGACGCCGAGGGCCUUGAGCUUCUCGAGAUGAUGCUGGUGUACGACCCGGCCAGCCGCAUCUCAGCUAAGGGCGCCUGCAAUCACCCAUACUUCGAGACCUACCCCGACCAACACUCUGGCCAGACGAUAAGAAGCAGCCGCGCCAACAACAACGAUUACUAUGGCAACUAG